AUUGGUGAAACAUUAGUAGUAUCUAAGAUGGCAAAUAAUGAAGGGACUACAAGCUCCAAUGUGCAAUCGGGUGAAAUGAUACCUGUUCCAAUUCUUGAGAAAGGAGUUUUUCGUUUUGAUUGUUCAGUAAAUGAUAGAAAUAAUGCAUUACCGAGCAUUUCUUUCAAAAAUCCAAAAGACAGAGAUACACCAAUUACGAACAGUGAUCUAAACCCAACCUACACUCCUACAUUUGAAUGUGUUAAGGAAAAACGAACAGUCAAUAUUGAGUUGCCGUCUGGCACCUCUUUUUAUGGAACUGGAGAAGUUAGUGGGCGGCUGGAGCGAACCGGAAAGACAGGGACAACUUCCUUGUAUCAAUCCCAUCCUUGGGUACUAGCAGUUCUCCGUGAUGGAAAAGCAUUAGGGGUUCUUGCAGAUACUACGAGACAAUGUGAGAUUAACUUGAGUAAGGAAUCAAAUAUAAAGAUCGUAGCUCCGAUAUCAUAUCCUUUGAUCACAUUUGGUCCAUUUGAUUCACCAACAGAUGUUCUCAUGUCUUUCUCCCGGGCUGUUGGUACUGUUUUUAUGCCACCCAAAUGGUCAUUGGGCUAUCAUCAAUCUAAUCGGAGCGAUGAUCCUGAUGAGCUUCGUAAGAUUCCAACGAAAUUUCGUGAAAAAAAAAUACCUUGUGACGUCAUAUGGAUGGACACAGAGUACAUGGAUGAUUUUCGAUGUUUCACAUUCAAUAAGGACCGGUUCUCGGAUCCGAAGUCUCUUGCAGACUAUCUUCAUCAAAAUGGUUUCAAAGCAAACUGGAUGCUUGACCCAAGGAUCAAAUGUGUAAAGGGCUAUUUCGUCUACGACACUGGUUCUGAAAGAGAUAUCUGGACUCAAACUUCUAGCGGGGAGCCGUUUGAAGGUGAGGCGUGGUCUGAACGUUGUGUAUUUCCCGACUUCACAAAAUCAGAAGCUCGUUCAUGGUGGGCUAGUCUUGUCAAGGACUUUGUUACUAAUGGUGUGGAUGGUUUAGGAAAUGAUAUGAAUGAACCGGCUAUUUUCAAGACUGAAACGGAGACAAUGCCCGAGAGCAAUAUUCAUAGGGGAGAUCCAGAAUAUGGAGGCAAACAGAACCAUUCACACUAUCACAAUGUUUAUGGAAUGCUGAUGGCAAGAUCAACAUAUGAAGGCAUGAAACUAGCUAAUGAAAAAAAACGUCCAUUUGUCCUUACUCGAGCUGGGUUCGUGGGAAGCCAAAGGUAUGCUGCUACGUGGACAGGAGAUAAUAAGUCUACUUGGAAGCAUCUUCAAAUGAGUAUCCCUAUGGUUCUUAAUCUGGGACUUAGUGGACAGCCAUUUUCAGGGCCAGAUAUUGGGGGAUUUAUUGGGAAUGCAACACCAAAGCUGUUUGCAAGGUGGAUGGGUGUGGGUGCUAUGUUUCCUUUUUGUCGUGGGCAUUCUGAUAAAUCUAGCAAAAAUCGUGAGCCUUGGUCCUUCGGAGAAGAGUGUGAAGAAGUUUGUCGAUUGGCAUUGAAGAGGCGAUAUAGGCUUUUACCUCACAUAUAUAAUCUGUUUUACUUGGCACAUAAACAAGGUAUCCCAGUGGCAACUCCGACCUUUUUUGCUGAUACCAAAGAUAUGGGGUUAAGAAAACAAGAUAAUUCAUUCUUGUUGGGACCAGUUCUUGUAUAUGCCAGCACCAGAGAUGAUACUGUGUCAAAGCUUCAACUGCUGCGCAAGUUGCCUGAAGGAAUAUGGACUAGUUUUGAUUUUGAUGAUUAUCAUCAGGAUUUGCCAACCCUGUACCUAAAAGGAGGAUCCAUCAUUCCUUUGGCUCCUCCUCGUCAAAAUGUUGAUGAAGCUAAACGUGAAGAUGAUUUAACUCUGCUGGUGGCUUUGGAUGAAGGUGGUAAAGCUGAAGGUUUCCUCUAUGAAGAUGCUGGUGAUGGAUAUGAUUACCUUAAUGGAGGAUACUUGUUGACAACAUAUGUUGCUGAAACUCAGACUUCCUCGGUAACCAUAAAAGUUUCGAAAACUGAAGGGUCUUGGGAGAGACCAAAGCGCCGUUUAAAUGUGAAUUUACUGAUUCAAACUGGUUCUGUGCUUGAUGCAUGGGGUAUUGAUGGGGAGAUUGUGCAAAUCAAAUUUCCCACACUAGGUGGUGCAGCUUGAAGAAAGUGCAGAAAGGUUGGUUUC